CAGACAAAGGGAUGCUUCCUAGAUUUGGCAAUGGUAGAGUAUAAACAUCUCUCCUGUAUGUAUAGGUGAUGUCAAGACGAGCCGGAGUAUAGUAUGCAGGGACACUCUGUAAGUUCAUCUAGGGUUCCCAACUUUAGCCGAUUUUCUCAUCUCUGGACAGCGCCAGUACACUUCUAUCUUCCAUCAUCCAUCGCUUCUAAAUUGAUCCCAUGUGGUAUAAGGGUUCCUCGCUGUCGUGUUUCUGUCCCAUCCGAUCGCCUCAAUGAAAGAGGAUUAAUUCUGCUGAAGGCACAUGCAACCACUGCCGAGACGGAACAACCAAAAUGGUGGGAUAAGAGUGUCCCAAAUAUGAUUGACAUCUAUUCUGCAGAAGAAUUUUUAGAUUCUUUAAGUAAAGCUGGAGAUAGAUUAGUUAUUGUUGACUUUUAUGGCACAUGGUGUGCUUCGUGUCGAGCAUUGUUUCCCAAGCUUUGCAUGCUCGCGGAAGAACACCCAGAAAUACUUUUCUUGAAGGUGAAUUUUGAUGAGAACAAGUCCUUGUGCAAAAGCUUAAAUGUUAAGGUACUUCCAUUUUUCCAGUUCUACAGAGGAGCCAAUGGCCUGGUGGAUUCAUUUUCUUGCUCUCUUGCCAAGCUCCAGAAGUUGAAGGAUGCAAUUUCAACCCACAAUCCAGAGAGCUUGGUAAAUGACAUUGAUGAUGGAAGUCCCAACUUUAGCGAAAUAACAGCAUCUCCAAAAAGGCCAUCUGGGUCUUCUUCAGUGUAAAGUUUUGCUGCAAGGCUUUCGUAUUGGAAUGGAUUCCCAACCGCAAAGCAUUCCCAAACAAGCGGCCAUAUUAGUAUUGGUUUUACACCUACAGAGAAGAUGACAGACCUUUGGUUGUUUGAAUUCUUUGUACAAUGCAAGUGUUCUCACGUAAUGUGUAAAUUUGACCAUUCAUUUAUUAUGAUUUCUUUUAGGAUACACUUUUUCUCUACUUUACGAUAUCUACUUGUGUCGUUUCAUACUUUCUUAGCCAUUGAUGGAUAAACUAUGAGCUUCAAAUCUCAAUAACUAGAUUUAGGCCUUGUUUGUAGUUGUUAUAGUAGUAUUUAUUAGGACUCUGGCGAGACAUUUUGGAUUUUGAAUGUUGGUUUGAGUUGUCAUGUAAUGAAUAAUGAUCUUUAAU